AUGGCUCCUGGGACCUUCCAGUACAACUCACUGGCUCCUGGGACCUUCCAGUACAACUCACUGGCUCCUGGGACCUUCCAGUACAACUCACUGGCUCCUGGGACCUUCCAGUACAACUCACUGGCUCCUGGGACCUUCCAGUACAACUCACUGGCUCCUGGGACCUUCCAGUACAACUCGCUGGCUCCUGGGACCUUCUGGUACAACUCGCUGGCUCCUGGGACCUUCCGGUACAACUCACUGGCUCCUGGGACCUUCCGGUACAACUCGCUGGCUCCUGGGACCUUCCGGUACAACUCGCUGGCUCCUGGGACCUUCCGGUACAACUCGCUGGCUCCUGGGACCUUCCAGUACAACUCGCUGGCUCCUGGGACCUUCCAGUACAACUCGCUGGCUCCUGGGACCUUCCAGUACAACUCGCUGGCUCCUGGGACCUUCCAGUACAACUCGCUGGCUCCUGGGACCUUUCAGUACAACUCGCUGGCUCCUGGGACCUUCCGGUACAACUAA